UCGCUUAUUCUCAUCGCUAACGCGCCGCCGUGGAGAAGGAGAAGAGAGAAGACUUAAUGGAGGAUAUCGAGGAUCUGUUCGCCGGAGGAGCUGGUGGUGCACCGCCGGGAUUCCGAUUACCGUUAAAUGCCGUAGGAGUCAAUCCGAAGAGGAAUGCGAGCAAACGUAGUGUCUCGAAGCAGAAGGAUGAAGUCACUACUGAUUCGAAUCGCGAUUCGCUCGCUCCACCAUCUAUGAAGAUCCCUGGAACUCAGACGAUUUACAUCAAGACGUUUGGAUGUUCUCAUAAUCAGAGUGAUAGUGAGUAUAUGGCUGGACAGCUUACUGCAUUCGGCUAUGGGUUAACAGAAGUACCAGAGGAUGCUGAUCUGUGGCUCAUUAACACCUGUACUGUUAAGUCGCCGAGCCAGUCUGCGAUGUCUACUCUGAUAACGAGGGGUAGAAGUGGGAAAAAGCCUCUUGUGAUAGCUGGAUGUGUUCCUCAGGGAAGCCGUGACCUUAAAGAACUCGAAGGCGUUAGUGUGGUUGGAGUCCAACAGAUUGAUCGUGUCGUUGAGAUUGUUGAAGAGACUCUUAAGGGUCAUGAAGUGAGGCUGCUGAAUCGGAAGACUUUGCCUGCGCUUGAUCUCCCUAAGGUGCGGAGGAACAAUUUUAUCGAGAUCCUCCCCAUUAACGUUGGCUGUCUGGGUGCCUGUACUUACUGCAAGACCAAGCAUGCCCGUGGUCACUUAGGAAGCUACACAGUCGAGAGCCUUGUGGAGCGGGUGAGAACUGUAAUAUCCGAAGGAGUGAAGGAGAUUUGGUUGAGCAGCGAGGACACUGGAGCAUAUGGUCGUGACAUAGGAGUUAAUCUUCCAAUUCUGCUUAAUGCCAUUGUUAAGGAGCUUCCUUCUGAUCAAAGCACAAUGCUAAGGAUUGGGAUGACUAAUCCUCCCUUUAUCCUCGAGCAUUUGAAAGAAAUAGCAGCUGUUUUACGUCACCCAUGUGUUUACACCUUUCUUCAUGUCCCUGUGCAAUCUGGCAGUGAUGCUGUAUUGACGGUGAGUUCAAAAUUGUGUAGGACUGUCAAAAUCCUGUUCGAGUCUCACCUGAAGAUUUCUCUCGUUGCAGGGCAUGAACAGGAAUAUACAUCGGGUGAGUUCAGGACCGUGGUAGACACCUUAACAGAACUUGUGCCAGGGAUGCAAAUUGCUACUGACAUAAUAUGCGGAUUUCCUGGGGAAACCGAUGAAGAUUUUUCUCAAACGGUUGGGCUUAUCAAGGAUUACAAGUUUGCUCAAGUUCAUAUAUCUCAGUUUUACCCCAGACCAGGGACCCCAGCAGCAAAGAUGAAGAAGGUACAAAGUAAGAUAGUGAAGCAACGAAGCCGUGAGUUGACUUGUGUCUUUGAAGCUUUUGCACCUUACACGGGAAUGGAGGGCAAAGAAGAGAGAAUAUGGAUAACGGAAAUAGCUACCGACGGAGUCCAUUUGGUUGGGCACACCAAAGGAUACAUACAGGUCUUAGUAAACGGACCAGAAAGUAUUCUUGGAACUUCAGCUAUAGCGAGGAUAACAUCUGUAGGGAGAUGGUCAGUGUUUGGGGAGGUGAUUGAGACACUAAGCUCAACAAAUGUAGCAACAAAAGUCCGAGAGGAGAAAAAGCCGCCGUGUACCUCCGAUGUCAGUACUUGUGAGACUUGGGCAUGCUCUGCUGAGAGCUGUUGUGGAGAAGGGAAAUCAGGAGAGGCCUGUGACGUUUCUGGAGAUAUCACAAAACAGGAUCACAAGACAGAAGGAAAGUCAAAGAAAAUAGAGGAAGAGAAGCAAGAAGUGGUAUCACAUUGGGGUUUCGUUGACAAGGCACUUGUGUGUGGAGUGUUUGUAAGCUCUCUCACCAUUCUUGUUUUGAUGAUUAGCAUCGCCUCUAGAGCUUUUUUGCGACAAUGAAUCUAUGAGAUUCAUGGUUGUAGAAGAAAGUUUUUGCUUUUUGUUUGCUUUGCCUAGUAUCCUCGUUGUAUGCAUUUCUAAUUCUCAGUGAAUCCUUAUUUCUGAUUUUGUUACUUCGAUUUUAGAGUGCUUGUUCCCAAACA